AUGCCAUCAUCAUCAUCAUCAUCAUCAUUAGUCCGACAGACCGCGUCUCCGACCACCUCAGCAUCGGUCGCCACGCACACCGUCAAGGUAGGAUCCAAGGAGGACCCUCAUCAGUACUCGCCGCAUAGCAUCACCGCGGACGUGGGCGACGUGAUCGAGUUCCAGUUCUACCCGCGAAACCACUCGGUCGUCAAGGCCGACUACCUGGCCCCCUGCGUGCCCGCAUCGGGCAGCGUUUUCUACUCCGGACCGUUCAACCACUUCAACGAGUACAAUGGGCAGCUCGUCGGGCCGGCGCCCAGCUGGUAUCUCGUCGUGAACGAUACCCAGCCGACUUUCUUUUACUGCACGGCGAUCGACUCCUGCAUUAAGAACGGCAUGGUGGGGGUCAUCAAUCCGGUGAGUCUCGUCCUUCCCGACAUGCAUCAUCAUGCUGAGGCCAUCCAGAAUGAGACCAUGACUUGGGAAGCGCAAUACGCCAAGGCGAAACAAUACCCGUAUAUGCUGGUGCCCGGCCAGUCGAUGCCCGCCGAAGGCGACCUGCCUGCGAGCACCUCCACCUCCACCGCGCAUCCUACCACAUCCGCAGCCGACGGAAACUCAUCGUCGUCCGGCACGCAUCUCAGCGGCGGCGCGAUCGCAGGGAUCGUGGUCGGGGCGGUGGCGUUCCUCGUCAUCCUCGUCGCGUUGUUCUUCACACUAGGGCGGAACCGGGUCUACAAACAAUGGAUGUCGUCGCAGGAUGGGCGCACCGAGCGCACGGCGCGAUGGGCGCUUUUUCACGGGGAGGGCUGGAGACCGAAAAGCGAACUGGAUAGUACCACGCAGCACACAGGAGAUCCGGGAACCUCGCUCGUAUCCAGUCCCAAUCCGACGCAGCGGACAUUUUCGCCAACCCCUCCAGCCGGCCACUGGAGCUGGGAGGGGCCCAAAUCAACCGUCAGCCACACGCGCGAACCGACGGAGCUGGAUGCGAGUAAUUCGGUGAACCGGGGUGUAUAUCGAUGA